AUGGAGAUGAUGUAUACAGAUAUUGUCAUUGCUCUUCGGAAGAAAGGUUUAGAUGCAAACCCUAGAGACUACCUAACGUUUUUCUGCCUCGGGAACCGGGAAGUUAACAAGGCCGGUGAGUAUUCGCCUCCGGAAAAACCAGAGCCUAAUUCUGAUUACGCAAGAGCUCAAGAAUCUCGUCGAUUUAUGAUCUAUGUCCACUCUAAAAUGAUGAUUGUUGAUGAUGAGUAUAUAAUAAUAGGAUCAGCUAAUAUUAACCAAAGGUCUAUGGAUGGAGGUAGAGACUCGGAGAUCGCAAUGGGAGCAUACCAACCUAAGCAUCUGCUAUCUACCAAUCAAAUGAGGCCAACGGGGCAA